GCCCAUGCUCCCAGCCCAACUUGGAAGCCAUUCCGCGAUGUUCCUCCCCUGAUCCCCCACCCGAGUCAGACGGCGGCGCGGUUCCGGCGCGCCUGGCAUUCUGCGGUGACCCCCGCAAUCUCCGUCGAGCGCGGCAGGGAGGCGCGCCCACUGCGAGGCCCGGGCUCGCCGCGGCUCUGACGGUCUCGGCAUCCGCUCUCUCCCCUGACUCCGGCUAGGGCUCUAGAAUUUUCGUGGCCCCGCCUGUUGUAGAAUGGCGGCGGCAACGCUGCGUUGGGUGAUCCAGAUGCACCGGGACGUGCCGCGGGCUGCACGAUUCUACGCAGAAGGGCUGGACUUCAGUGUCAACGUCUGCACACUCCGUUUUGCAGAGCUCCAGUCAGGGCCGCUCAAGCUAGCGCUCAUGCACACAAAUGACAGUACCCUUGCAACGCAGAGAGCCUAUUCUUCGAUGCUGUCCUUCACCGUACCAGACAUAACCAGCACAGUAACAAAACUAAUGUCUCUCGGAGCGGAGUUGGACGGGCCGAUCAAAUACGAGAUCCAUGGGAAAGUUGCGGCCUUACGAUGCAUCGACGGCCACGUGCUAGGCCUGUACGAGCCAGCCUGAAGAACCUGUUUCUUCAAACAUGCUGAAUGAGAAGCCAUUUUCAUCGCUCGCAGAUUAGGGAUACGUGUGCUUGUUUCUUGUGGCAAAGUAGAUAGAUGUUUUGCCAGCGCAAAUGGCUCGGUGUACAACUUCUGGGAGGUUAGGGGUGCUGAGGAAUUUUAGGGGGUGACUGUGAUGCUGCUCACUGCUUGCCUCAUGCUGCCACUGGUGUUGCACAUUUUGCGGCGGGUGCGUAAAAGCAGCAGCUCGGGAUACUGGCCAAAGCCAACCAGUUCAUCCGUAGGGUGACUGUAAACGCACAUUGUAUUCGCUGAUCCUGGUUGAUCAUGGCCUGGACUAUUACAGGCGUGUCAGUGCUCUUUGGACUAACUCUGCUUUAAGGCCGUGAUGGUUCCAAAACUAUAUAAAUAAAGAAACACCAGGUAUAAA